CGUGCAUAGGAAACGUCUAUCUUAUCAGGUAUUCCAAGUUUGAUGUAUUCUUGUGCUUUAUGUUCGGAAUAAUUCGAUAUAAUAUGAGUUGUUCUUCGUUUAAUUAAAUUAAAAUUGAGAUAAUUUAUAAUACAUCAAAUUAUUAUGUGGUGUCGUAAUGUCCAAUCAAAAUUGUUUGACUGCGAUGACCUGACUUAAUCAGUAAAAGGAGCAUGAUAUGGGAAGUCAGAAUGUUUUGAUGAACUUAAAUAAUGUAUAUUCUUAUUUAAAAUAUCAAAGAAAAAAGCCACAUGAAUAAUUUAGUCAGUAGCAAAUUAUCAAUCUAGAGUUGAUCGUGUUAGGAAUGGAAUGAGGAAAUAAUAGUCCUUUAAUGUGGUACAAUAUGCUUCCAAGAUUAAGAAGAAUAUAUCGGUUUUAUAUGAUAGUCGUCGUAAUUAUAAUGAUUAUUGGAUUUAUAAUUUGGUCUAAUAGCAAAGAGAAGUCUAAUGAUUUUGAUUCUUCAAGACAUCUAAAUGAUCGACAAGAUUAUUUGGAUAGUCCAGGUAUUAAAGUGAUAGUAGGUCAUUACAUAGGAGAUUCCAUUAAUCCAUUGAUAACUUCUAAUAUUACAAAAGAAAUUAUUAAUAAAAAUAUGUUCGAUCCUCGUCCGUUUGAAGGUAGAAACGGAGAACCAGUUAUAAUACCAUCUAAAGAUUUCAUCAAAAUGCAACAACUCUAUCAAAUAAAUCAUUUCAAUUUAAUGGCAAGUGAUAGAAUACCAUUAAAUCGUUCUUUACCCGAUAUAAGAAAAAAAAAAUGUAUUACGAGAUAUGCGAAUUUAGUUGAUCUUCCGAGAACGUCGAUAAUCAUAGUAUUUCAUAAUGAAGCAUGGAGUACAUUAUUGAGGACAGUUCAUAGUGUCAUUAAUAGAUCACCUAAAAAAUUAUUAGAAGAAAUAAUACUCGUCGAUGACAAUAGUGAUAGAGAUUUUUUAAAAAAUCCUUUGGAUGAAUACGUAAGGACGUUAGAUGUUUCCACGCGAGUAAUACAUUCAAGAAAACGAAUAGGUUUGAUAAAAGCUAGAAUUUUGGGAGCAAAAGAAGCCAAAAGCGAAGUACUCACUUUUCUUGAUGCCCAUUGUGAAUGUACGGUUGGAUGGUUGGAACCAUUGUUGGAAGUGGUAGCAAAGAACAAGACUCGUGUAGUAUGUCCUAUUAUCGAUAUUAUCAACGACAAUACGUUCAGUUACACACAAUCAUUGGAACCGCAUUGGGGCGCCUUCAAUUGGGAUUUGCAUUUCCGUUGGUUAAGCCUAAACGGUCAACUUUUAAAAGAGAGACUUAAGGACAUCAUAGAACCGUUUAGAACACCUGCUAUGGCCGGUGGACUCUUUUCGAUGAACAGAGAUUAUUUUUUCGAGUUGGGUGGUUACGAUGAUCAAAUGCGCAUUUGGGGUGGUGAGAAUUUAGAACUAUCCUUUCGUGUUUGGCAAUGUGGUGGCAGCAUAGAAAUUGUUCCUUGUUCGCACGUCGGCCAUCUUUUUCGAGAGACAUCGCCGUACACUUUCCCUGGUGGAGUGGAUGAGGUACUCUAUGGAAAUCUUGUCAGAGUAGCUUUGGUAUGGAUGGACGAGUGGGCUGAAUUUUUUUUCAAGUUUAAUCCCGGGGCAGCCAGAUUAAGGGACAAACAACAAGUUAGAUCGAGAUUAGCUUUGCGAAAAGAAUUACAAUGUAAGAACUUCAAAUGGUAUUUGGACAAUGUUUGGCCUGAACAUUUUUUUCCAAAGGAUAAUCAAUUUUUCGGCAAGAUCGUACAUCUGGUUACAAAGAAAUGCAUCAUGCGUCCUCCGAUAAAAACUGUGUACUCGCAGAUUUCGACUUAUCUCAUUCUCGAAACGUGCGUGCCACGUCCGAUUCUUACUCAAAUGUUCAUUAUGACUAAAACUGGUGUUAUAAUGACGGAUGAAAGCCUUUGCUUGGAUAUAGUGGAGAACGAUACGCAACAUACAAGGCCAGAAAUAAAGAUAAUGGCUUGUAAUGGUCUCGAUAAACAAAAAUGGCAAUACAACGUAAAGAGAAAAAUAAUUUUACAUACGAUGUCCAAACUGUGUCUUCAAUAUGUGGCCAAUAGAAAGGAGGGUCUUGUAAUAGCAGAUUGUAAUGGAAAUAUCGAACAGCAAUGGUUAUUAGAAUCCGUCUCGUGGAAAUAAUUAUCAGUAUUUCUUUUUAUAUAUUAAUUAUUACAAUGUACUUUCCUUGUAAACGAUGUAAACUAACAUAUACGAAUAAUCGAAUCCUUUUUUGAUAAUAUUUACAAUUUCAUCAUAUGUUUUCACGAAUAACUAAGUAACUAAUAAAACCGACUUUCUUAUAAGAAAACUAAAAAGAACAAAAAAAUAAUUUAAAAAAUGUUGAAAUAUACACGUAAAAAAAAAAACAGAACAUUUUCUGUGUCAUCGAGUUAGUAUCUCGCGAAUCUCAUUGAUAACUAACAGAACGAAUGUGUUCGUGAGAAGAAAUAAGAUGAAUGUGCCACUUCGAAAGUAGCGAUUACAAUGUUUCUUUCAUAUCGAAGAGACAUUGCUUUUAUAAAUAUACUUUGUUAGAAAAUUUGAUCGAUCAUCUAUAUGUUUUCUAUUGGUAUGUUUAUCUUUUCAAUCGAUGUACACAUCCUCAAACUUAUUAGACCAUUAUUGAGAUCUAGAUUUUUUUUUUAAGUUGGACGGUAUUAUAGUUAAAUUGUAAAGUUAAUAAUAUCAGGCAAAUAAAUUCAUUGAAGGACAACAUCAACUAAUCCCGAUGACACUAUUAUUCUUCUAAGGAAUUGUUUGAUCGAUCUAAUUAGAUUAAAUUUAUUCGGAAAAAUGACGGUGCAACUUUUGCCUUUGCUUGUGAGACUGACUCGGAGUAAAAGAGGAGGACAUUUUCCUACGUCAUUUCAAGAUAGAAUUGACGUUUACGAGGCGAUGUCAUUUACGUUAAGAUCGAACGACGUUCUUCUAUAUAUCUGGGUCAAAGUCACGUCCUCGUCGAGGCCAAAGAGCCACUUAGCCUGAGGCCUAUUUUCCCUGUUCGCGAGAUCCGAUCACCUCCAGGCCAAGUUUGGCAGAGAUGUGCUCGCUCAUCUCUAACGUUCUAUACGAUGCGUACAGGUUGAUUCAUGAACGACAAUGACAAACGAAUGAACAUUAUUCUUAGAUCAAUAUCUCUUUAAACGUAUGAAAAUAUCUUUAAACAUAUUAAACAACUACAUGUUUC